AUGGAACCAAUCGACGAAUGGUCUGUUGACGCCAAUGAGGCCCUAACACUCUCCCUCCACUCCCCGUCCUCCGGGGAAGAGCUCUCGACUUUUCACCCAAAGUUCACAUACCCCAUUUUUGGCGAAUCGGAGACCAUCUUUGGAUAUCGCAACCUCAAUGUCCGUCUUGCGUUUGCAGCGGACAGCAUGUCUCCCUGCCUCGACGUGAGCUGGGACAAAAAGAAGAAACCCGUUGGCGAAGUCGUCGCAGAGGAUGUAGAGGCCAUACUGCAGGAGUACCUUCCUGAAGAAGCCUUCAAAAGUGACCUCAAAACCUUCCAAAACACCCUCGCAAACAAGACCGCCCCCUUCACCCCCCCAGGAUCCCUCCUCCAUACCUCCACGCAUCUCGAUACCACUUAUGAAAUCUGGCAUGCCAAUCUGUCAGAUCCCCUCUGUCAAGACCUUCUCUCUCGGAUCCAGAUCCUUAUCCUCCUCUUCAUUGAAGGCGGCACCUUUAUUACCCUAGACGACGAUGAGUGGUCUCAGAAGCGCUGGGAUAUCUUCUUCCUAUAUGCCAAGUCUCCCUCAAACGAAUACUCCUUCAUCGGCUACUCUACCGUCUAUCGGUACUACUACUUCUCGCCUUCAGUCGAGAACCUCGCCCGCGCACGCCUCUCUCAGUUCCUGAUCCUUCCACCCUACCAGCGCCAGGGUCACGGCUCGCGCUUUUAUGAUGCUCUUAUAGCGCACUAUCUUGAAGACCCCGCAACACUCGAAAUCACCGUCGAGGACCCAUCCGAGUCAUUCGCCGAUCUGCGAGACUUACGGGAUCUAGGCAGGUUACAAACGGGAGGGGCAUUCAAGGGGCUGACGCUCACAGCGGUGUCGAAGAAGGACUUCCCGCUUGAGGCGGUAAGGAAGGCGGCAAAGAUGCCGGAGAGACAAUUCGCGAGGUGUGUAGAGAUGGCGCUACUACAGGAUUUACAGGAGAAGGAUGGCAAAAAGAGUGACGAGCGGAAGAGGAAGGACCGAAACUGGAAGAUGUUCAGGUUAGUGGUCAAGGGCAGGAUCUAUAAGCAGAAUAGAGAUACCUUGGCGCAGCUUGAUCGGUUGGAGAGGAUUGAUAAGCUGGAAGAAACAUAUUUCCAUGUCGAGGAUGAAUAUAAGAGGUUGUUGGAAAGUGUGAAAAACGGGAGGGCUAUCGAAGAUAAGGAAGGCAUCGAGAAACGGGCAAAUGAAGAGGAGGAGGAAAUGGAUAUGGGCAGGCCAAAAAAGAAAGCUAGGGUUUAG